CUCACCCACGAGAUUCCGCAGCCCCCUGAUCCCGCACUCCCGGGAUUGCAGUAUGGAGGCCGGGCUGCUGUGGUUCUGCAACUGGAGCACGCUGGGCGUUUGCGCCGCACUCAAGCUGCCGCAGAUCUACGCGCAGUUGGCGGCGCGCAGUGCGCGGGGCAUCAGCCUCCCCAGUUUACUUUUGGAGUUGGCUGGGUUCCUGGUCUUCUUUCGCUACCAAUGUUACUAUGGGAACCCGUUGCUCACCUACCUGGAAUACCCCAUUCUCAUCGCACAAGACAUCAUCCUCCUGCUCUUCGUCUUCCACUUCAAUGGGAACGUGAAGCAGGCCUUGCCCUACAUGGCCGUAUUUGUGUCAUCCUGGUUCAUCCUCAGCCUGCAGAAAUGGAUUAUCGACCUGGCCAUGAACUUAAGCACGGUCAUCAGUGCAGCCAGUAAGUUUGCCCAGCUCCAGUAUCUGUGGAAGGUGCAGGACUCGGAAGCCGUGAGUGCACUGUCCUGGGGCCUCUCUGCCUACACCUGUGCAACACGAAUAAUAACAACUUUAAUGACCACCAAUGAUUUCACAAUUCUUACCCGUUUUGUGAUCAUGUUGGCUUUAAAUAUAUGGGUAACAGUAACAGUACUGCACUACCGGAAGCCUAUUACCAAAGCUGAAUGAUGGAUGUAUUCCUUCUACACACAGUGGACUUCAAAUAACUCAACCAGGGGAUGCACCGUUGCUUUCCAUUGCUACAGUUAAAGUCUUUUACUAGUUAAUCAUAUCAAAAACUUUAAAUCAGUCUUGAAAAGCUUCUUAGCUAGAUAUGGAGGUGCAAACUUACAAUCUAGCACUUGGGAGUUUGAGGUAGCUUGUGCUACAUGGCAGAUGGGACUCAGAGAAGGAAAAAGCCACUUGUUUAAAAUUGCCCAUUUCCUUGCCCUGCACCCACAUUGUGGUAGGACUUAGAUACUGGUGUAUGUGUGUGUGUGUGUGUGUGUGUGUGUGUGUGUGAGAGAGAGAGAGAGAGAGAGAGAGAGAGAGAGAGAGAGAAGGGUCUCACUAUGUAGCCAGCUACCCUUCAACUUGUGAUCCUCCUUCCUCCGUCUUCUGAGCAGCAAGAAUGCUGGACUACAGAGGGAACCGACCACACCUGGCUUGACACCCGCAAUGGUGGAUGCUGCCCAAGAAACCCUUAAAGUCAUGACUAAGUUCUUUUAGAGUCUUAAAUAGUUUUCCCACAAUUAGUGGGGUCUGCUUAGUCACACCUGGGCAGUUUAACCCUUCCAUGACCAAGGGCUUGGCCUUGUAUGUCAUAAAGCACUGUAACAUCCCUUCAAGGCAAGCAAGGCUAUCAGAGUGUUCCCACACUUAACAGUGUGCCUUAAGGAGUUCCAGACAGAGCUCUGAUCUCUGUUUAGGUGAGGAAAUCUUGAUGGCCUUCCAGAUUUAAGCACAAUGCAGUUUUUUUUUUUUUUUUUUUUUUUUUUUUUUAAAGAAGGUGCUGUACCUCACAGUUACAUUGCUGGAACUUAGUACAGGUUUUAGCUACUGCAAGAUAUGCAUUAAAAAAUGUUGCUAAGUCAUACCCAAUUCUUGGGUAUUUUAUUCUUACUAAAGUAACGUAUCUUAAGCACUGUUCACAGUACUUCCUCUGAUGUUUUAUAAACCUGACACUUAAAAGUACACUUUCUUAUAUGUGCAUAUCAUUAUUCUGCCAUACUAUCAGUAAUGAUGUUUACUGGAAAAUGCUUAGUUUCUUGUAUAAAAUAAGACUUUCAUUUAUUGAAUUCCACUGAUCUUAACUGUCAUGAAUUUUCAGUUAUGUAGGUAAAGCUCCUCAAUAAGCUAGCUAACCUUGUUAGGACGAUUGCCCUAGACCCAGGAGAGAAAUUUUACAUCUAAACAUCAACCAGUGUCAGAAAACAAAACCCAAGUUCAUCUCCCACACACUGAUAAUCAGACCAUUAGUUUAAUAUAAAUUAUGGUCUUACCCCAACAAGAGUUUUAGGUAUAUUCAAACAGCACUUUUACCACUGCUUACAGCACUUCUUUAAAAAAAAAAAAAAAAAAAAAAAAACAAAACUUCCCCUUUUGUAGGCCAAGCUGGCCUCAAACUCAGCUUUCUGCCUCCACCUGUUCAGCAAAUCCCACCUCUGGAGGGAACAUCUGGGUGACUGUAGCCAUCUCACAUGCUCUACCAUCUUUCAAACCGACAGUCCUGAAAGGCAGACACGGUCUUCAGAUGAGUUUAUUCACAGAAUACCCAACCUGAGACCAGAGGACGGCCAGUGCUUACCAAGGAAGUACCUUCUAGAAGACGCCCACCACUCACUAUUUUCAGACAGAAAGGCACCCUGUGUCCUCUACCCUCCACACCUGGAACCAGAUAUGUGAGUCUGCAAGCCCACAGUGACUCAGGGGCAGAAGCGUUCCUCUAUGAUGACAUCACCCCACCUUCUAUCAGCACCCUUUAGAGAGACACAUUAAGAAGCUGCAGCACUGCACAACUACUGCACAGGAAAAGAUGCUUACAUUUAGGUUCUUUUAUUUAUUUUUCUUAAACAAAAAGCAGGCAUAAAAAUACAAUUACAUUACUACAAAGAUGCAACAAAAUAAAAAUAAAUCAAGAGGG